AUGAAGGCACCAACAAUAACCAUCGCCGCGGUGGCGCUGGCCAUGAGAGCAGCGGUGGCCUAUCCCGGCAUCAAGGACACCAUCGACCAAAUCAACAGCCGCGCGGCCGCAUCGCCGCCGAAUGCUUCUCCCGAGCUCAUCGGCGACCUCGAGCACCUCUCCGAGAGUAGUCUCACGCCCACCGGCAGCGCCAUCAAGCGCAUCCUGCUCGGCCAGCUCAACCCGCAGGACCUCGUCUCGACCUACACGCCUCCACCGAGAGACUCCUCAGCCUGUGCGGCCGACACCUGCUGCAUCUGGAAGUACAUCGCCGAGGAUCUCCACGCCGCCAUGGUCGGCACAGCCGGCCGCUGCAACAAGCUCGCACGCGGCGCCGUGCGACUCGGCUUCCAUGAUGCCGGCGGCUGGUCGCGCAGCACCGGACCUGGCGGCGGUGCCGACGGCUCCAUCCUGCUGGCCAAUGAAUGCGAGGAGCGCCGCGAGAACGGCGGACUGCUGCCCAUCUGCGCGCAGAUGCGCACCUGGUGGGCCAGCUACAAGCCCUACGGCAUCAGCCUCGCCGACCUCGUCCAGUUCGCCGCCGCCGUCGGCGCCGUCGCCUGCCCGCAGGGCCCGCGCGUGCGGUCCUUCGUCGGCCGCCGCGACAGCGCCGCGCCCGCGCCCCGCGGCAACCUCCCUUCGCCCUUCGCCUCCGCGGACGCCCUCCUGCGGCUCUUCGCCGACAAGACCCUCGGCGCGCGGGACCUCGUCGCGCUCCUCGGCGCGCACACCGCCAGCCGCCAGAUCACCGUCGACCGCAACCGCACUGGCGCGCCGCAGGACACCACCCCGGGCGUCUGGGACGCCGCCUUCUUCCGCGAGACGGCCGCUGCCACCGCGCCCGCCCAGGUCGUCCGCUUCCCGAGCGACACCAACCUCGCGGCGGACCCGCGCACCGCCGGCUGGUUCGGCGUGUACGGGCGCGCGCUCGGCCCCGCCCAGGCCCUGUGGAACGACGACUACGCCCGCGCGUACGUCCGGCUGUCGCUGCUCGGCGUCGCCAACGUCAACGACCUCACCGAGUGCACGCACGCGCUGCCGCCGGCGACGGGGCCCGGGUUUGCGAGCCCGGACGCGGAGCAGAUGGCGCGGUUCGCCAGGGGCGAGCUGGCGGGAGCGGCGGUGGACGCAGCAUUGGAGGAGGGAGAUUUGCUGCCGCAAUAA